AUGUUAUCAUUUGGGGGGAGGGCUGGAAGGGCCAUAUGUCUUUUGCCAAAAAGAGGAUCUGUAGGGGUGCUUUCAAAAGCAGGCAAUAUCAUCAAUAGCUGUACAACCUACGGAUAUGGUAUAAGGUGGAAUUCUGGGCCUGGUUCUGAUAAUUUGGGAGAUACUAAGAAUGAGCUAUUGUCUAGCAAGGAAGGCAUGAAAGGAAUCGCUGUUGAUGACAUCAGUAGUUUAAAAAAGAGCCCUUUAUUAAAUCAGAAAGAUUCCACCCCUGCUGCUGCUGCAGACACUGCUGGAUCUAGCUCUACAACUAUUGAUUCUGCUGCUGGAAGCAAUACUUCUACUGUCGACAGCCAGAGUGAAACGAAAUUCAGUGGCUCUGAGACUACUGAAAAUGUGACAGGUAAUUCUCAUUCACUUGCUGCAUCCAAAACUCGGGGCAAGAAGUUACCACCUCCACCUCAAGAGUAUAUUAUUCUCGGAGCCAGGUCAUCUCGAGUUAUCCCAAAGCAUAGACGACCAAAAACGAAUUUCUCUAGAGAUAUCAAAGUAGACGACUUAGAUGAACAGAGAAAGCAAUUACUUGUAUUCACUUCUAGUGUGCCUAUAGGCACAGCUAUAGCCAAUAUCGACAGAAUGAAGCCAUCUGCUUCGUUAUUAUCACCGAAAAGAUACGACCAGUUAGUCAUUGAUCUCAAAAGAAGUUUUGCUGUACCCCAACUCCGAGAAUAUAUUCGCGAGAAAUCCAACUCGACUCUGCGAUCCUCUGGUACAAAAGCUCAAUUGAUUAAUACAAUUCUCCUUUCUUUAUGGCGAGUGUCAGCCAGUCAAUCCGUCAGUGAAUCAUCUGACGUCAUUAUUGAAAGAACAUUUCAGUUAACAAGAAGAGAGCUAUUCAUUAUUGUGUCACAAAAUAGUAAACUUCCUCGUUCUUGGACAAAAUCUGGGGCUAGUAUCGUUAUUCUUGGUGACGAGCAAAAGAUUAUUGUUCGUGCCACAGCCGAUACCUGCAAUUGGAUCAUGGCAUCUCUUCACAAGACUCUACAAAGCAUCCAAGAUAAUGACAUUGACUUUUCAUGUCUUGAACCCUUUGCAUCUAUCAAUGAUAUUCCACUGGAUCAGAUCCAAAGGCUUUCUGAUACUUAUUUAAGAUAUCAGCAAUCCGAAAAAAUGUUGGUGGCUUCUUCGAAAUCGAAGGACCAUGCUGAACAUGCUCGACGAUUGAUUUUACAUUCCUCUGGUUUUACGCCUAAAUCUAUUUCCAAUUAUAUAUACGAAGAUUCGAACUUUACGCCCAGAUCGCUAAGCCGUAUUAUUGAUGAUGACGCCCUGGCCUGGAAUGAACGAUCUCGCAUUUGGAAACGAUGGAAGAAAGUUCGAUCAAAACAACCAUUUUCUUCCUUUGAAAGACUAAGAAACUUGGGAUCUCAACCAAAGAAUAUAGUGCUAGCUCAAGGAAAGAUUAAUAAAGUUGCACCCCAGCCCAGUACUCUUAAAGAUUCUUACGAAGAUUCAGUCUCCAAUAUACUUUUGAAAAAUCUUGAGCAGGAAGAUUCUAAUAAUCAGUUGACAUUCACUGCCACCUUUGGGUACCUUUUGCAUGAAGCACCAUCUGAAAGUAAUGCGAAGAGUGCAGCCGAUCCAUCUUACUUAGCUGGAGAUGUUCAGCGCACUUUUUUGUCCAAUGUUCCCUUUGUUUUCCAGAGAUGCUCAGAGCUUUCUUUAUAUCAUAAUGAGAUCUAUCAUGAUCCCUCUAAACCUCCACCACCACCCAAACCAUCUCCAGACUCUGGGUCAACAACUGCCACAUCUAGUGCCUGGAACAAACUUCUUAGCAAUGCGAAGCUACUUACUGAUUCGGUUCCUUCUACAGAGGAUGAUAGCCUUGUUCCUGUUGAAGGUACUAGGGGUCUCUUGGAUGAUGAUAACAUGAGAUUAGUGCAGAUUAAAUUCAUUCCAUCUCCAUUUCACUUGAAGGAUUCGGACAAACUCCAAAAGCUACCGCCUGUUGAAAUGUGGUUUGAACUUAAAGAAAACUCCGAUGAAUGUGAUUUAGACUCUUUGAGAUUAGUGUCUGCCGACCAUGAGGCGAACUCAUAUUUGUCUCUGCCAGAUUAUGAAACUGACAUCAAAUUUUCGGCUACCAGCGCAAACUUCUUGGAUCAUAAUGAGCAAGAAGGAGUUAAUCAGUUUCUCAGUCGUGCUCAAUUGGGCAUCUCUGGUAAUAAAAAAAUCUACGUUCCAAAUGAACUGAAGCUGAAGAUGCCUGGGUUUGAAGACGAUGUAACCUAUCUUUACCAGUCUAUGUGCUACAGAAGGCAAAUCGACCUUGGAUUCAAGGGCCAUAUUCUGCAACUAUCGUCACUUGAGUCUGGUGGGUUUGGCGGCCGACGUAUAGAAGCAAAUCUGGUUCUUGACUUUCCUGACGGUAGCGAAAGUGUCUCCAAAUCAGAAGUCAAGUCCUUUGUGAACGAUGCAUUAGAAUUCUGUGAAUCGCUUCGACGACGUUCCAUCCACUUGUAA